CAUAAACUAUAUCUGUCUCUUGAGCGUAGUAUGUUUGAGCGUUUCUCACUUUUUCAGGAAGGUACUUCUCGGACGAUAUUUCAUUCCCCAAUGAAUGUAUAAAAGAUUCAUAAUGUCCAGCUUAAUGACGAUAGAUGGAAACCUCGGUGAAGGUGGUGGACAAGUAUUGAGAAUCGCAUUGAGCUUGAGUACGUUAUAUGGCAUUCCCGUGGAGAUUACCAAUAUUCGAGCAGGCCGUCCUAAGCCUGGUCUUGCUGCACAGCAUCUCAAAGGUGUGGAAUUAGUUAAAGACAUGUGCGAUGCUCAUGUGACAGGAGCAUAUGUGGGUUCAACACGACUUGAGUUUUGGCCAGGAGCUUUGAGACAUUAUAAACCAGAUUUCAAAGCUGAUGUACAAACAGCUGGCUGUAUUUGCUUGUUAGCUCAAGUAGCAUUACCAUGUGCAUUAUUUAUGCCAAAUACAAGCCCUGUGAAUUUUAUUUUAAAGGGUGGUACAAAUGUUCCUAUGGGACCUCAUGUAGAAUACUUCACUGAGGUUUUUAAACAAUUGCUUAACAAAUUUAGAGCUGAUUUCAAUUUUACAGUUGUAAGACGAGGAUACUAUCCAAAAGGCGGUGGUGAAGUACGGCUUCAGAUACAACCAGUAAAACAUUUGAAUGCUGUUACUUUGAUGGAACCUGGACAUCCUGUCAGUAUAUCUGGAUGGUCUUAUGUCGCCGGCUCUGUGAAUAUUAAUGAAGCCAAUAAGAUGGCAUCAGAUGCAAAACGUGUUAUAGUCGAAGGUUUACAGAAACACAAUAUAACUGUUCCAGCAAUUAAUAUAGAAUCAUACAGAGAAGAUAGAGGAAUGGCAGUGGGAAAUGGAUCCGGCAUAAAUCUCGUGUGUCAAACCAGUGAGGGAUGUACGUUUGGGGGUUCUGGAUUGGGAUCCAACCGACGAGAAGAUGAUCCACCAGGAGUUGUAGCAGGCAAACAAAUUCUUGAGCCUAUCUUGAAAGGAGCAUGUGUUGAUGAGCACUCACAAGAUCAGAUAAUAAUUCUUAUGGCAAUUGCCAAAGGACGUUCGAGGAUACGUGUGGGAGAAAAUAAACUCACGCGUCACGCAGAAACGGCGAUUCAGAUUGCUGAACUCAUGUUAGGUAAUCGAGGCCUUCGAUUUUCUUUAUCUGCAAGUGGAAGUGAUGGGGAUUCCGCUCCUUAUGUCUUAGAAUGUGAAGGUUGUGGUCUGGUUAACAGUAGUUUUCACUAAUGACAGUAAUUUAACGUUUUUUGCAACUUGCAUUUUGUUACCAAAUAUAUGCGUAUAAGAAA